AUGGCUGCUCGCAAGGGGAACCGUCUGCUUUUCUGGCAGAAGGACAGUCAGGGAGAGGAGAGACAGGGAUCAGUAGGUCAGGGAGAGGAGAGCGGAGGCUCGAUAGGUGAGGGUGUCCGUGUGUCUGAGCUCAGGCUGGUGCUGCUGGGGGGCAGAAACUCAGGGAAGAGCUCGGCGGGAAACACCAUCCUGGGCAGAACAGAGUUUCAGACCGAUGCGGUGGUCAGCACCUGCGUGUGGGGGCAGGGUGAGGUCAGCGGGGGCUGGUCAGUCGCCGUGGUGGACACCCCGGGGUGUGACUACUUCACACGGAAGCCCCCCCCGGGCUGGAUUAGAUCAGAGACGGUGCGCAGCGUGUCCCUGUGCCCCCCCGGUCCUCACGCUUUCCUGCUGGUCUUCCCCGUGGGCGGGGACAUCAUUUGGAGCAGAGUGGAGGAGUACAUGGGCUUCCUGGGGCCGACGGUCUGGAGGCACACCCUGGUGCUGUUCACCUGCGGGGACCGGCUGGGCCUCUCCAGCAUAGAGCAGCACAUCUCCCACACAGGCGGGGCCUUGCGGAAGCUGCUCGACAGGUGUGAGAACAGGUACCACGUCUUCAACAACAGCAGAAGGGGGGAUCGGGCCCAGGUGACGCAGCUGCUGCAGAAGGUGCAAAGUAUGAUGGGAAGCCGGGCCGGCUGCUACCGCUCCCCUCAGCUGCACACUGAGCUGGGACAGACCCAGCAGCAGAGCAAAGCCCUGCACACAGGAGGAGCACAGAGUCUACCUGUCUCCCCAGAGAGUCCACUCUCCCCAGAGAAGGAAAAGGUGGAGGAGACCGGAGCUCAGAGUAACGCGUCCCUGCUGGGACAGACAGACACCCACCUGCAGGGGCCCACAGAGGAGAGGCCGGGGCUGGGAGGGAGGCUGGAGGCCGGAGGCCCACUGUCCCAUCAAAACUGUGGGGAGCUGAGAGUUGUGCUGCUGGGGGGCAGAAAUGUCGGGAAGAGCUCAGCAGGAAACACCAUCCUGGGCAGAGAGGUGUUUGACACGCAGAAAGUGAUCAGGGAAUGUGUAAAAGGACAGCGGGAGGUACAUGGAGGGCUGGUCACUGUGGUCGACACGCCAGGAUGGGUCUACUACAACUUCAAAACAAUUCCACAGUGGCUGAAAUGCAAAACGAUGAAAAGUGUGAAGCUCUGUCCACCAGGACCCCAUGCAUUCCUCCUGGUUGUCCCUCUCUCUUUUCCCAUCAACAGGAAAGCAAUAAAUGAAUAUAUGAUGAUUUUUGGUGAGACAGUCUGGACACACACUAUAGUGCUCUUCACUUUUGGAGACUUCCUGGGAAAUACAACCAUUGAGCAGCACUUUAAAACUGAAGGACAAGCCCUCCAGUGGCUUGUUGAAAAAUGUGGGAACAGAUAUCAUGUUCUGAACAACAAGGACAUGGAGAAUCACUCCCAGGUUGCAGAACUCCUGGAGAAGAUAGAGGAGAGGGCAAGAUAUGGAAUCACAUACAAAAAUAUUGACCUCUCCCAGUGGUUGGAAGGAGAUGUGGAGGAAGGGGGAGAGGACGCAUCAAUAUGGAAGCUGGAGGAAAAGAAAGAGAUGGAAGAAAUUCUACACCAGUGCAGUGCACUGGAGAGUGCUCUGAGCAAGCUGACAAAGGUCCGAGCAGAGAAAGAGAGAAAAGCACACGAGAGGAUUAAAGAGCUCACCAAAAGGAGCAAGGAGAAGAUGGAGAGACCUGACGCAAAGGAGAGGAUGAGAGGGAAGUCACAGGAAGCAGAGACAUCGACCCAUCCUGUGAGGGAGAAGAUACUCUUUACAAUGGGUGGAGAGACUCCCAGUCCGGUCUCCCCAGCGUCUCCCUGUGUCUCUGAGCUCAGGCUGGUUCUGCUGGGUCGCACUGGGGCUGGGAAGAGUGCAGCAGGAAACACCAUCCUGGGCAGAGAGGAGUUUGUGUCCCAGGUCAGCUCGUCUCCAGUGACCAUAAAGAGACCCCACGCCUUCCUCCUGGUCAUUCCAGUGGGCAGAUUCACAGGGGAGGAGAGGGGCGUGCUGGACAGGGUCCUGGGAGUGUUUGGAGAGGGUGCAGUGGGACAUACCAUGGUGCUUUUCACCCAUGGGGAUGAACUGAGGGACAGGACCAUUGAGGAGUUUAUCCAGACAGGGAGUGAGGACCUCCGCUGGCUGGUAGAGAAAUGUGGGAACAGGUAUCAUGUUCUGAGCAAUAACAGCAUGGGAGAUGGCACUCAGGUCACACAGCUACUGCAGAAGGUGGAGGAGAUGGUGGCAGGACAAAAUGGCAGCCAUUACUGCAGUGACACCUACAUGAGGGCAGAAUCUAAAAUCAUAGGAAGUGAGGCUGGGAAAAGCCUGUCUGGCAUGAAUAUUCCAGUGUGA